AUGGCCGACGACGAUUCCGAUUUGGAGAUUUUAGACUCACUUCCCGAUCACAUCAACAAUGACCGUCGUUCCGUACCACCCCGCCGCCGCCGCCCCGUAAACUACAGCGCCAUCGACAAUCACCCAAUCGGCCACGAACCGUUCAGAGGAGCUCGACGGACCCGAGGAGAAGGCGCUCGCGACUUGCCCAGCAUGAACGAAAGGAAUGAAAGGCGACGUCAAAGGCUGCAAGAUCUCAUCCGCCAGUCCGAUGCGGCACAAUACCGACCCCAGGCCGUCGACGUUAUCGACUUGACGGAUGAGCCGGAUAACGUGCCGCCACCGCCGGCACCUCUCACGCUGCCCCGAGUUGUACCAGACCCGAACGGAAUGUCCGCCCGUAGGAACGUCGGCUUCCUCGAUGUCGUCAACAACCCCAGUCAGCAACUAGAGCAUCCGAGAAACCCAAGGAGACAGCAGUCGGGCCUGGCACGGACGCCGUCUCUCUCACGCAGCGACCCCAGCCUCAGCUUCGGCCGUGGCCGUUCUGCGAUCCCAGCCCAAAUGCACAUCGACCUGACGGAGGAUGAUGAUGUGCCGUCUGUCACAGGCCUUGAUUCAGGGCAGCAGGCUAGACAAGCGCCUCGGGGAUCUAUGCUCGAGACGCCUGCCAAUAGGCCCUGGCUCUGGGGACGACCCAGCGGCGCUGUCUCGAGCGUGCUUGGGAUGUUUCUUGGCCUCGGUGGGAAUGCGAGUAGGAACACAGGCGCAGCGGCAGAGGCAGCAGGUGGUGUGGCAGGCGAUCAUCGCCUCCGAGAGAUCAGAGAUAUCCACCAAGAGUUUGAGCGGACCCUUGAAUUGAACCAGCUCAUACAAGGGAAUCGCCAGAGGGACAUGUUGAUUGAGCUUGAUUACAGUGGCCUCCCUCCAAACUUCUGGGACGACCACACGCCCAAUAGACCCAAGCCUGCGUACGUGCCGCCACCCGAUGCGCCUGUCGGUUUCACUCGUGACACGGGGGAAGAGGUUGUUGCGAUUUGCCCUGGUUGUGACGAAGAGCUCGUCUACGAUCCUGAUGAGGUCCGUGACGAACCAGAAGCUGUAUCUACGAAGAAGCCGAGGACCAAGAAGGAUCGGGCUGAGCACCAUUUCAUGGCGGUCAAGGCUUGUGGCCAUGUCUAUUGCCGCGUUUGUUACGAGCGGAGAACAACGCCAAGCAGCCGCAAAGGUGGCUCGGGACCACACUUUAGGCAGCUUCAAGACAGCACUAAACUGCUGUGUGCCGUGGAUGACUGUGCAUCGGAGAUCAAGUCAAAAACAGCCUGGCUUGGCAUAUUUGUCUAG